AUGGCUGCCACAAAAGUUGCACUGGUCGGAGCCGCCGGAAAUCUUGGUCCAGCGAUACUAUCUGCACUAUUGGAUGCAGGGUUUAGAGUUACUGUCCUUACAAGACACGACAGCAAAAGUACAUUUGAUGCUAGAGCUCAUGUCGCAAGGGUCGACUACGACUCUCUCGAUUCACUCAUUGCUGCUUUUGAAGGCAAUGAGGUCGUGGUGAAUACACUCGGGGUGGGAGCCAUACCCCGUGCCAUUCACAUACGCCUUGUCGACGCCGCAGUUGCUGCCUCCGUCAAGCGCUUUAUUCCGUCAGAAUUCGGAUCUGAUACAACUCAUCUGGCUACUGCGAAGCUCCCCGUCUUUGCCGACAAGGUUUAUGUUCAACAAUAUCUGCGACAAAUCUCCCAGCAGUCCAGUCUCACCUACACUCUCUUGGUUAAUGGGCCGUUUCUCGACUGGGGCCUGAGAACCGGCUUUCUCCUAGACCUGUCCAGCCCCGUCACGACUUUGUACGACGGUGGCGAUCGGAAAUUUAGUACUACCACUCUAAAAGGGGUUGGUAAAGCUAUCGUUGGAAUUGUUAACCACCCUGAAGAGACGAAAAACACUGCGACCUUUGUUAGUGAGGCUUGUCUGUCCCAAAAAGACCUUCUCAGUCUGAUCGGUAAGAGUCCUCAGACACAGAGUGUCUCAACAGUCGACGCAGAAAAAGAAUCCUACGCAGAGCUUGCAAAGCCAUCGCCAAACUUUCAUGCUGCCGCGGUUGGAUUCCUCCGUAGGGGGAUCUUCGGUGAUGGAUUUGGAAGUCUUUUCAACCAGGACAAGCUUUCCAACGAGCUAUUUGGUAUAGAGAUGUUGUCUCAGGAGGAAUUGCAGAAGAUUGCUGCCGAGUCUUGUCCUUGA